AUGCGAAUUAAGCUAGUGGUAAGACUUAUAUAUGAUACAAGACAAGUCUCUGUGAUCGUGGAGCUCGAAAUGGAUGAGAGUCGAACUAAGGGGAGAAUCAAGAGAGAAACAGAUAAGGCUUGUGUUUCGGUUGAGAAAGCUGAGUCUACUUUACUCUCAUCUCUUGUGAAGAAAGGGAAAGAAACAUCGAAUAAGAGGAAGUAUACUAAGCGUAAAACCGAGGAAGAAAUAUGUUCAAAAUCCAGCAAGAGGAAGUAUUCUCGUUGCAACGAGGAGGUGGUGGAGGAGGAGAAGGGUAAGAAAACGAGGAAGAGGAAAAGUAAGAGACAGCAAAAGGGUGAUAAGGUUGAGGAGGUGGAUGAAGCGUUACGGUUGCAGAGACGGACAAGGUAUUUGCUUAUUAAGAUGAAGAUGCAACAGAAUCUCAUUGAUGCAUACGCAGCUGAAGGUUGGAAAGGUCAGAGCCGGGAAAAGAUAAGACCAGACAGGGAGCUCGAGAGAGCACGUAAAGAGAUCUUAAACUGUAAGCUUGGACUACGCGACGCCAUUCAUCAGUUGUAUGUUCUUAGUUCGGUGGGAAGCAUGGAAGAGAAAGUCAUGGCUCCAGAUGGUUCUAUUCAUCAUGACCAUAUAUUUUGUGCAGAAUGCAGUUCGCGAGAAGCUUUUCUGGACAACGAUAUAAUACUUUGUGAUGGAACGUGUAAUCGUGCAUUUCAUCAGAAGUGUCUUGACCCUCCUUUGGAAACAGAAAGCAUACCUCCGGGAGAUCAGGGCUGGUUUUGCAAAUUUUGUGAUUGCAAAAUUGAAAUCAUCGAAACGAUGAAUGCACAGAUAGGAACUCAAUUCUCUGUGGACAGCAACUGGCAGGAUAUCUUUAAUGAAGAAGCUAGUCUUCCUAUUGGCUCUGAAGCUACACUUAACAAAGAAGCGGAUUGGCCUUCAGAUGACUCUGAGGAUGGUGAUUAUGACCCUGAAAUGAAGGAUAAAGUGGGAGGAAGCAGUAGCAAAAGCGAUAGUGGUGGUGGUGGUGGUGGUGAUGAUGAUGGGGAAAGCAUUUCGAGUAGCGUGAGUUUAGCUUCUGAUGGUGCAGCCCUUUCAACAGGAUCGUGGGAAGGCCAUGGAUUUGGCAAUACUGUGGAAUCAGAGGAGACAAGUAACGAAGAAACUGUAUGCGGGCCAAGACAGAGGAAGACUGUUGACUAUACAAAACUAUACCAUGAAAUGUUUGGUAAAGAUGCUGUUUUGCAAGAGCAAGUUAGUGAAGACGAAGAUUGGGGUCCGAGUGACAGAAGGAAGAGAAAAAAGGAAUCUGAUGGAGCAAGCACACUUGUAACUAUGUGUAAAAACAGUAAGAAAGAUCAAAAUGUUAAAGAAAAGCCGGAAGAGAGUGAGAGAGAUUCUGUCUCUGUAGAAGGAAAAGUUGGGAGAAGACCGUUGUUUAGAUUCCCAAGAGCUGCAGUUGAGAAGCUACGUCAAGUGUUUGUAGAGACUGAGCUUCCUUCAAAAGCUGUGAGAGAUAGUCUUUCCAAAGAGUUGAGUCUUGACCCAGAGAAGGUCAGCAAAUGGUUCAAAAAUUCGCGGUAUAUGGCAUUGAGGAAUAGGAAGGUAAACAAUGUUUCCUUUGAAACAUUGUCUGGACUUAGAAACUUCUUACAAAUGAGAUCAAACAUUUGUUCCAUUCUUUUCUUAUUACAGACGGAAAGUAUGCAACAACCUGAAGAGUCGAAUGCGGGGUCUGUAGAUUCUGGACCAGAAGUAGUCAUGGUGGAGAAAAACACAGAAACAAAUGAAAUUCAAGACAGUGUGGACGAGACUGCCAUGGAGAAAAACAUAGGAACAAAUGAAACUCAAGGCUCUGUGGACAAGAUUACCGAGGAGGAAAAAGCAGAAGCAAAUGAAAAUCAAGAUACCUUGGACCAAACUGUCAUGGAGGAAAACACAGAAACAUGUGAAACUCAAGAUAACUUGGACGAGCCUAUCAUGGAGGAAAACAUAGAAACUCAUAAAAGUCAAGAUACGGCGGAGGAGACUCUCAUGGAGAAAAACACAGAAACAAAUGAUAUCCAAGAUACCGUAGAUGAAACUAACACAGAGAUAAGUGAAAUUCAGGGUACCAUGGACGAGAUUGUUCCUCUAAGAUGUGAUGAUCAUAAGAAACAGACGACAGUUUCUGUCUGUAAUGAUAGCCAGGAGGAAACUGAACACGCCAAUGUUUCUUUUCCUACCUCCACAGAAGAUGAAAGUCAACCAUAUCUUGAUCAGAAACAUUCACUAGUGCCGCAUGAAGAGCAAAACAGCGAGAUGAGCAUAGAGACGCCUCUUGUGGCAAAGGAGACAGAGAGCAAGAUGACUGAAGAGGAAGAAUUUGAAGCAAUGAUGGAAUUGCUUUGCAGGGCAGAAAACAAGUUACUGGAUGUGACUCAAAGGCAUGAGAGAUUUAGAACACCAAAAGGCCGUAGAAAGUUAGGCAAGUCUUCUUCUUGUUUAACUGAAGAAGACUCUGUAAUGUAUGUACCAACAGCAGAGAUCAAAGAGAAAAGGUGAAAAAGAAACUUAGCAUCUCUUGCACAAGUUUUGGUAUGAUUCAUUGGGAAAUCAAAAUCUAAAAAUAUCUCCUCAUGUAGCCUUUGUAUUCUGUUCAGUUUGUAUGUGUCAUCUCAACUUUAAAUAAAUCCCAAGAAAAAAAAAGAAACUGGGGUUUUUUUUUUCUUAUAGAAUUUUUAAUAUCACACAUUUCUUAAUCUUACGAACUAUUUUUC